CAUUACGGAUUUAAUAGUUUCAGUUAAGUAUCGUUUUGAAGAACAGUUCAGUAUUAUGCAAUAGUGUUAAACUGGACUUAACACCGAUAAUAGUCUACCGAAAUGGUCCCAGGAACAGAUACAACUGAAAACAAUGCAUUCCUCUCAAUGGCACUAAUGGCUGAAAGGCAGAUGAGGAAAGCGGGUCUCUGGCAGGGCGCGUCGCGGGACCGCACGCACUGGGUCGCACACGGCUUGCUGUUCAUCCUGCUGACCCUCUCCGGGCUCCAGGUCAUCAAGCUCUUCAUCUCCUUCGACGACCUCGGCACCCUCAUCGACUGCAUCAGCGUCCUCUCCUUCGUCAGCAUGGGCCUCCUCAAGGUAGUCUCCCUAAGGCUCAAUGUAGCCAAAUGGCACACCUUAUUCUCCAAAAUCACGGAAAUGGAAGAGAAUUCAAUCACCGAUCUUGAAUACGAAAUGCCCCAGCAAACCGUAGAGAAACAAAGCAGGGAUUAUACUAAUACGAUUCGAAGGAUUCUCCGCUAUUUGCCUAGAAUAUAUUGGUGCGCCGGCGGAGUGUUCAUCCUGUCUCCAUUUGCUGAACUCGGCUUGAAGUACUUUCGUCAUUUACCGCUCGAAUGGCCGCACAUUUUGACAAUAUGGGUGCCGUAUGAGGACAAUGCUUAUGCGAACGUAUUCCUGAUAUUGAUAGAGUUAUUGGCAGCGGUGUAUGUUAUUAUUGUGCAUAUAGCGUUUGACGUGUCGUCUUUGGCCGUGAUGAUAUUCAUGAGUGGGCAGUUCGCGAAGCUACGCUGGAAUACUGAGAUGAUUGGAGGGAGAGACUUGAGUGAGUCCUCAGUGAGUCGUGAUGACAGGGCGCACGCACUCAUCAUCACUUGUCAUCAACAUUAUCUCGAUUUAACCAGACUGAACCGCCACCUGGACUCGGUUCUGAACUUCAUAAUGGGCGUGUACAUGAACGUGGCAACGCUUAAUCUUUGCGCCACUGCGGUGCAACUCACUAAUAACCUGAGCAAAAUUGAAUUUCUCAAAUUGGUGCAAUACAUGUUUGCGAAUUUGACGGAACUUUUUCUCUUCUGUUUGUUUGGUCACUACGUUCUGCAUGAGAGUGACAUCCGCCCUGGCCAAGGUCCGUUCGGGGCGCCCUGGUGGGCCCUCACUCCUCGCAUGCGGCAGGAGCUGCUGAUCCUCGCGACAGGCUCCUCCAGGCCGCUGGAGCUGAAUGCGGGCCCGUUCAAUAAGUUGAACUUGGUCUCUUUGCUUUCAAUUCUUCAAACCGCAUACAGUUUCUACGCCGUGCUAAGCAAUUAUUAAAGUCAACAUCAAUCAAAAUCUGUUCUACGUAGUAAACCAUACUCUUUAUUUGCACGAUUAUUACUAUCCCUAGAAAAUACAAAAAUACAGCUAAUUCAUUAAAA